CAAGAGAGUUGUAGUAGGCGGUGAAAAUAAUUUAUGGGCAGUUCCAUCUUCUGUUGACGAGUUCAACAAAUGGGCUGAGAAAACUCAUUUUCAGAUUGGAGAUUCUUUAGUUCUGAAUGGAGCUAAAGAACAUUGUCAGAAGGGUCAAAGGCUAGAGGUUAUGGUUCUGUUCGAUAAACAUCGGUCCGGCCACCAAUCUACAGCACGGGCACCUUCUCUUCAUCAUCACCAUCACCACUACCAUGCACCUACGCCAGCCUUGACUAACGACGGCACUGAUCUGAAGGCAGCAGAGGGGUUGUAA